ACAGAAGAGGCAAAAUAUGUUUGUACGCUACACACACUAAAGUUGUCUUCACGUCCGCUCCUAGUCUAAAUUAAAAACUUAUCGCCAAGAGAUGCCAAUCUACAUGUAUCCAGCUAUUGCUGCUCCCGAAAGGCAUUCUGUUGAUUAUGUUUCUCAGGGUCAACCAGAGGGUUCAAGCAUUCAGCAGGGUUCUGCCGUUGUUCCUGGAGAAAUCGUUUUUUCUUCUGUUGCAAAUCUUAUAACUGGCCAUGGAACCUAUAGGAGUGUAGAUGUUUCAUCUACGGAUAUUGAUGAAGAUUUGACCUCCACAGUUAAUCCAAACACUUUGACAUCUGUUAAUGGAGAUCCAGGGAUACAAGCAGGCAAUAUACACACUUCUCUAACUGGGCGUGUUAGGAUAGUUAAUAAACUCGUAUAUGUAGAGCCACCAAAGGCUCGAUACUUCGGUAAUGUUGGAGAUACUGUAGUGGGCCGCAUUGUAGAGGUUGAACAACGUCGCUGGCGUGUUGAUGUCAACUCUGCUCUCCUAGCCAAUCUAGCCUUGGCUAAUGUGAAACUACCUGGUGGCGAACUUCGUCGGAAAUCUGAAGAUGAUGAACGGGCUAUGCGUUCUUUUAUGAAGGAGGGCGACCUUAUUGUCGCUGAAGUUCAUGAAGUUUACAAAGAUGGAACAUUACAGCUUCAUAUGCCGGGUACCAGGACCGGCAAACUAGGAGGUGGUUGUCUUCUGCGUAUUCCUCCUAGUCUUAUUAAACGUCAAAAAAUACAUCGUCAUCGUCUAGCGAUUCCGAGAAUCGAUACACUUGAUGGUCCUAUAACAAUAUCUAAUGAAGUUAUCUCUGUUGGCCUCAUACUUGGCUGUAAUGGAUAUAUUUGGACAGGCCCAGCGAGAGCCAUGGAUAUUGGUCUUGGUUUGUCAGCUCCAGUUGAAGCAGACUCAAAUACAGCUAGUGAAACGGAAUUAUUAGCUGAACGUAUUGCAGUUUCUCGUGUACGUAAUUGCAUUUUAGCUCUCACACAUAAUGGAAUGCCAGUAUGGGAAACAAGUGUUCUUGCUGCAUGUGAAGCUAGUUGGUCAGCUGAUCAACAAAAUGAUGAUGAUGAUGAUGAGUAUCAACUAGAAUUCGAAACUAGUAUCCAUAAUGACCCUUCUGGUAGUAAAGCUCGUAAUCGCAUUGCUCGUCUAUUGCAUCCGGAAGUUGCACGUCGUCUUGUUACGCUUGUUCAAGCAAAAUUAAAAUCUGAUUACUAACUGUACAAAAAUAGAUACAAAUAUCUUGUAAAUAAAAAAAAUUAUUUUUAUAGCUACUUGGUGGUUUUUAUCAUAGAUUAACAUAUUGUAAUCUGGAUAAUUUUGUGAUUGUGGUUUAUUUAUACUAUUUAGUUUUGUGUUUAUACAUGUUCAAAUAUGAUCAUCUGAGGUUAAAUGUACAAAUCUGCACAAUUCGAUAUUUUGCAAAUAACGAAUAGGCUGAAAGUUUGUCAAUUAUGUAUGCCUGUUAUAUCAGGUGAUUGAAUUCAAACGAUGGGUGUCUUUAAAUCAAGGUGUUUUCGCUCUUGUUCGGAUAGACGAAAUUAAAUAUAAAGCUAGCAAAACUGUUCAAACUAUCGAGCUCUGGCAUUUAUCAGGGUAGUUAACUUUCCUCAUUUUUAUUUACUUUUAUCAUGGAUGUAACUCACUAUCUAAUUUCACUGGGAGUUAUUUACUAGCCCCCAAAUGUCCUAGUACGGUCGAGGGUGUUGAAAGUUAGCUCUACCUCUCGAAAUGCUCUCAUAUGGCCACGUGCAUACAACCACUGCCAGGGAAGUUCUACUCAUUGCCUUCUCCCAACAUUACUGCUGUUUACGAAAUUGAGAGGACGAAAAUAGAAUAUCCGACGCUUUAAC